AUGUUCUACGGAACAGAUUUUCGAGCCAUUGAUCUUCCACUUCCACGGUUUCCAUGGCAGCACUGGGCGUUAUUUCACGAAGAAUCGCCAAAGAAUAACUGGAUUCUUAGUCACGAAGAUUGUAUCAGGUCUGACAUUUUCUGCUUAUCGAGUGUAGUAUCAAUUUACCCAAGUUGUUGCUUGUUGGUUUUUCUCAUGUAUCUCAACUUCUAGUUUCAGUCCAGGGCUAUGUACUCACGAUUUUUUCACCACGGUGGCACUAGUAAUACAGAUAUGCUGAAGUACCCGAAUUUGAAUCCACCCAAAACCAUAGCCUCCCAUUCCUCCCCCCUCCCCCUGUUGUAUACGUCCCUGUUUCAUUUCCAGAGAUAGAUAAAUCAUAUGCCUAAAAUUGUUUUAUCUUCCUCUUUUCAAGCGGUGUUAUAUGUAAUCUUCACUGCAUGAGCGUUGAACUGUUGUAAUAGUUCAGAACCAUGCAUGUCAAAAGAACAGGGAGCAGUUAUAGGAACGCCAGAUAUAGAGAUUUUUCAAGAAUGCUUAAAAAGCUACACAACUAUACCAAAUGUGGAUAUCGUAAUAAAAAGAGGAGACUACAAUUUUAAGUAUACUAUAAGGUUAUACUACUAAUCAAUGGACAAUUUAGAAAGUUUUAAAAUCACUAUUCGGUGAAGCCAGGGUCUUCUAGCGUAGGUAGAAGACCCUGGCUUGCGAGGUUGCAUGCACAUAACAUUAAUUAAUCGUAUUUCAGAUUGUUUAACUAUACCGCCACAUUCAGUCCGAAGUCCGAUUACGCUGUUACAUCGCAAUAUAUAAAGGAUCCCAAUGAGUGGGCAGAACGACCUGCUGUUUUCACCAUUGAUAAAAACAGGUAUGUUGCAUGGAGUGUACACAACUUGAAAACAAUAGAUAUUCGGGCGGCCCUCCCGAGCUUGAGCCUGGGGACAAGGAUGGCUGAGUGAUGCAUAUUGUUCUAGCUGGAGCAUUUGCAUGGUCAUAGUGGUAAUGUUGCAUUCUUCUGAAUGCGAUUCGAGGGACAAGGGAUGCAUGAGUUAGCUAAGGCGCUAGAUUUAGAUACCGUGCCAAAAAUAUUAUAUGCAUUUGAAAAUCGCUAAACACGGCAAAUUACAGGGUCGGCAAGUUUUCCUGUGUAUAGUACCCCCACAGCAGGUUAGGGUGCAGGGAAAUGAAGUAACUUGUCGACAUUUGCGUGGGGAAACAUCUGGAUGUCGGAUCAUCUUUUAUAAUUUCAAAACUUUCCAAAGUUAUACUGCAGGAACUAAUACUUAAUGGAAGUUUUUAAUAUAAUGCUGUUCCUAUAGGUAUCAACACGAAGAAGGCCUGGCUCCUCUUGUGUACGUCCAACGUGAUUGCAACCCACCAUCAGAUCGCGAUCGUUAUAUUAAAGAACUCAUGAAGUACAUAGACGUCGACUCAUACGGACCAUGUUUGAAUAACAAAAAGAUGCCCGAAAACAUCGAUGGCUUUCAUAAAUUUGACAGCCUAGAUUUUCACACUUUUCUAUCAAAAUACAAAUUCAUCAUUGCUUUUGAGAACGCCAUAUGCGAUGGUUACAUGACAGAGAAGCUGUUUCGUCCCCUCAAAGUAGGAAGCGUUCCUGUUUACCUUGGCUCUCCAUCGGUGAUGGAUUGGUUACCGAACGAGAGUUCCGCCGUAUUAGCGUCAGACUUUUCUGGACCGAAAGAACUGGCACACUUUUUGAACGAUUUGAAUCACGAAGAUGACGUUUACAACACACAUUUGGUUCACAAGAAACCGGGUGGAAUUUAUAAUAAGGCAUUGUUGGCCGGGAUUAAACGGAGAGGAUGGAGUGUACUGGGGGACUGGGACAAAGAUAAUUUUGGUCAUAGAAUGUACGCCGGCUACGAGUGCUAUGUCUGUGAUCGCUUGUACGAAUGGAAUGACACAUUAAAUGAACAUCUAAAUGACCCGCAAACGACUGCUCCACCUUCUAGUAAGAAUGCCGAUAAUUCCCAUCUGGGCUGCCCAGAACCUAAGCCAUUGAUCCCUAUAGAAGGACAGUUUCCACAGAGUUUUCCCUACUGGCAAGGCUUACGUGAGGCAAAAGCAUUGUACGAAAUGAUUCUCAAUAAAGAGACAGAUUCCAGAAAGUUUAUCGGAAAAUAUUUAAAGAUGAGCACGGAUAAAUACCAUGUGCCAAAAGAUGAAUUGUAG